AGGACAGGAAAGAAACUCAGAGAUGGAGGAAGCGAAGGAUCGCAGCUUAGAAGUGACACCGACAUGGGCUGUGGCCAUCGUCUGCUCCAUCUUCGUUCUUGCGUCCUUCGGUUUGGAGCGAUCCAUUCACUUCACUGGCAAGUGGCUGCAGCAGCGGGAAGAGAGAUCGAGAAGCAAACCGUUGUACCAAGCACUCGAAAAAAUCAAAGAAGAGCUUAUGCUUCUUGGCUUUGUGUCUCUCCUGCUCGCAUCUUUCGGAGAUGGAGUGACUCGCAUUUGCAGAUCGCCGACACGGCGUAUGAUCCCGUGCGAGGAAACGGAGGCCGAAGUUGACGAGAUCAGCAGGUUCAAUUGCCCCGAGGGUAAAGUUCCUUUCAUUUCCAAGUCCAGUUUGCAUAAGCUCCACAUUUUCAUUUUCCUGUUGGCGAUUGUUCAUGUGGUUUAUAGUUGCUUUACACUGUUACUUGGAAGAUACAAGGUCCAUUGCUGGGGAGUGUGGGAGAUUGAAGCGCAGAGGUCUGAAGAAGAAACAGCAUUACCAAGACUGAAUAGACAGCGGACGUUUUUGCACAAGCAUGCAAAGCCGAGAUACAUGUCGUCGCCGUUUUUGAGCUGGAUCGUCUGCUUUGCUCGACAGUUUGGCAGCUCUGUGACGCAAACUGAAUACACAGCUCUUCGUGUUGGGUUUCUGCAGAAGCACCGGCUGAGGCCAACGUUCGACUUCCAUCGCUACAUUCUUCGUGUUUUGCACGAUGAUUACAGAGAUGUUGUCGGGAUCAGUGGUCCACUGUGGCUUUUCGUGGUCACGUUUCUACUGCUUGAUAUCAAAGGCUGGAACACUUACUUUUGGAUCUCUUUCCUUCCUUUGGGUCUUCUACUUGUUAUUGGAGCAAAGCUACAGUAUGUGAUCAUGUCGCUAGCAGGAGAAGUUGUGAGGCAGCAGCAUGAUGAAGAAGCCACUGCUAAUCUCCGAGACGAUCUUUUCUGGUUCAAAAGGCCACAGCUCGUAUUGCAUCUUCUCCACUUUAUUCUCUUCCAGAACGCUUUUGAGCUUGCGUUCUUCCUGUGGAUUUGGAGAACACUUGGCUUUACGUCUUGUCUGAUGGAGAGGCUUGGAUUCGUGAUCACUCGAUUGGUCAUUGGGACUAUCGUCCAGGUCCUAUGCAGCUACAGUACGCUCCCGCUUUAUGCACUGGUGACACAGAUGGGGAGUCACUACAAGGCUGCCAUUUUCAAUGAACACGUACAGCAUGCUUUGAGCAGCUGGCACGCCCAAGCCAGGCACAGAGCCAAGCACCAUCUUUCCAUCCAAAACUCCGACGCGAGCCAGCCUCACUCUCAUGACCAGGCGGAGGAAGUCGAGCUCAAUCCAAGCAACACCACUUCUUCUGAGUGAUCAUACGACUGGUGAACAUGAUUCGGCUAUAGCAACUAGACUGGAUUUAUAACUAUUCAAGCGAUGCAGGAAGUCUAGCAAACGGAGAGAAAGAAAAAAAAGGGAAGAAAACGAGCAAGCAUUCGUAAGUGGUUUCCUGCUUUACCUUGCUUGGAAUAUAUCUCGAAGAGACGACCCCAGCAAGAAUCUAAGCACUUAAAAGAGGAAAUAAUGUAAACAAUCACCAAACUUC